AUGUAUACAACCUAGCUUUAGGAUUGGGUGGGGAUGUGCUGUAUUCGAGGGAUGACUGAACUGCAUUUUAGUUUUGAAAAUGUGACUCACGAGGAGGAGGAGGAGGAAGAUGAAGAGUAGUAGGAGGAAAUGAGGUGGCAAAGGAGGAGGAGGAGGAGGAGGAGAUGGAGGAGGAGGAUGGAGAGGCGAUGGAGGAGGACAAAGAGGAAGAGGAGGACAAGGCGGAAGACGAAGAGGAAAACGAGGAAGAAAACGAGGAGGAAAACGAGGAGGAAAACGAGGAGGAAAAUGAGGAGGAAAACGAGGAGGAAAAGGAUGGGGCGGACGAGGAAGAGGAGGAGGAGGAAGAGGAGGAAGAGGAGGAAGAGGAGGAGGAGGAGGAGGAAGAGGAGGAAGAGGAAGAAGAGGAGGAAGAUGAGGAAGAGGAGGAGGAGGAGGAGGAAGAAGAAGAGGAGGAGGAGGAGGAAGAUGAGGAGGAAGAGGAGGAGGAAGACGAAGAAUAGGAGGAGGAGAAAGAGGAGAUGAUGACGAAAGGGAGGAGGAUGAAGAAGAGAUUCGAAGGAGGAGGAGAGGAGGAGAGGAGGAGGGAGGGGGCCAGCGAGGAGGAGGACAAAGGGGGGUCGGGGGGGGGAGAGGGCGCCGAGUCAGGGGAGCGAGAGGCAGAUUGUCUCGCCUCAACCCCCCCUCACCCGCUGAGCAGCCCCCUAACCAACUUUUUCUUUUUUUUCCCUAAAUUAAUCAAUCAAUCAAUCAAUCAAUCAAUCAAUCAAUCAAUCAAACAAACAAACAAUC